GGGGGUCAACAGUCACGUCCCCUUAUCAGAAUCCAGAACUCCCUGUAUUGCUUCCGCUGCGAAUGUCCGGGCCAAAAGUAUCGGCGGACAAGGGGGCGCUCAUCAUCGUCAUGGGUGUCAGUGGAUGUGGAAAAUCUACCACAGGCAAAGCCCUUGCGGGUGCCAUUCAAAAUACGCAAUUCCAAGAUGGGGAUGAUCUUCACCCAAAAUCAAACAUUGACAAAAUGUCGCAGGGUCAACAAUUAACAGACGAAGAUCGACACCCAUGGCUCUCUCUCAUCCGCUCAACUGCAGAACACCUAAUUGCUUCGGGAACAUCCAAAGUGAUCGUGAUCGCCUGCUCAGCGCUGAGAAAGCGAUAUCGUGAU